AUGAAGUUUCUCUGCUUACAUGGCAAAGGCACCAGUGGUGCGAUCUUCAAGUCUCAAACAGCGGCGUUACGCUCGCGCUUGUCGGAACUGAACAUCGAAUGGGACUUUGUCGAUGGCUUCCACACGACCGACCCCGCCCCGGGAGUUGAUCUCUUUUACGCACCCCCCUACUACUCCUGGUACGAGAACGACACGGUCGACGAGAUCGCGACCUGCCGCCAGCGGCUGCAGCAACACAUCACGACGCAUGGGCCCUACGACGCCGUCAUGACCUUCUCCCAAGGCGCCGCGGUAGCGUCCACAUUCGCAUUACUCCAACUCUCCGAGACGCCCGACCAACCCCUCCCCUUCAAGGCCGCGAUCUUCAUCUGCGCCGGCUCGCCGUUGCGCAUCAUGGAGCAGGUCGGCUACGAGAUCGCCCCGCAGGUGUGGGAGAAGGAUAUCCUGACGCGGAAGGCGCUCGCGGCGCAGGCCGACGCCUCGGCGAUCCUGCUGCAGGGCUCCUCGCGGUGGAACGGGAACCACGGCGGCGCGAACGAGUCGGAGGAGGACAUCCGGCGGGAGAUCACCCCGUCGCAAACCGUGCUCUCGAUCCCCACGGUGCACGUGUACGGCGCGCGCGAUCCGCGGCUCUCGGCCGGCAUCCAGCUGUCGCAGACCUGCGACCCGGCGAAACGCAGGAUGUACGACCACGGCGGCGGCCAUGAGAUCCCGCGCACGGAGGCUGUGACGAGCAGCAUUGCGGCGUUGGUGCGGUGGGCGUUGCGCGCGGGCGGAGUGAUAUAA